AUGUCCACUGCGACUCGCCGACAGGCUGAUCCCCAGCGCGCUGCCGCAGCACAGGCUGCCAUGGCCGCAGCCAACGCCGGAGUUCAGGACAAGUCGACUCGUGGCUCGAGCACCACUCACGCUCGUCGAGCUCGGUUUGAAUGUGGUAAUGCCUACUUGGUCGGCGACUUUGUGGGAGAAGGCGCAUAUGGUGUCGUCGCCUCGGCCACACACAUUGCGUCUGGCACCAAGGUUGCCAUCAAACGCAUCGCCCCGUUCGAUCACUCCAUGUUCGCCCUCCGCACCCUCCGUGAACUGAAGCUGCUAAAGUACUUUGCCGACGAGGGUGUCAGUGAGAACAUUAUUACCGUCCUUGACAUUGUCAAGCCUCCAUCAUAUGAGCAAUUCAAGGAAGUCUACCUGGUCCAGGAGCUCCUCGAGACGGACCUGCACAAGGUUAUUCGCACUCAAGACCUCAGUGAUGAUCAUUGCCAGUACUUUAUCUACCAGGCGUGUCGUGCUCUCAAGGCCCUCCAUUCUGCUGAGAUUAUUCACCGUGACCUCAAGCCAUCCAACCUUCUCCUGAACGCCAAUUGCGAUCUCAAGGUCUGCGACUUUGGCCUCGCUCGCAGUACCCAAACAGCACACCCGAACAACAACGAGCAAGGCCUCAUGACCGAGUACGUGGCCACUCGCUGGUACCGUGCACCAGAGGUCAUGCUUUCGUUCCGCAUGUACAGCAAGUCCAUUGACGUCUGGUCCAUCGGCUGUAUUCUGGCAGAAAUGCUCAAUGGAAAGCCCCUGUUUCCUGGUAAAGACUACCACCACCAGCUGUCUCUGAUCAUGGACGUUCUUGGCACCCCAAAGACGGACGAGUUCUACGCCAUCACGUCGCGCCGCUCGCGAGACUACAUUCGGGCCAUGGCCUUCCGCCCACGGAGAUCGUUUGCGUCGCUCUUCCCCAGGGCAAACCCUCUGGCUGUCGACUUCUUGACGAGGACUUUGACCUUUGAUCCCCGCAAGCGCUUCACUGUGGAGCAGUGUCUUGAGCACCCCUAUCUGGACGCUUACCACGACCCUGAUGACGAGCCUACUGCCAAACCUCUGGACUCAUCGUUUUUUGAGUUUGAUCUCAUGAAGGACAACCUCAGCCGGGAAGAGCUGAGGCGUCUUCUUUACGACGAAAUCAUCAGCUUUCACAAGCAGUAG